AUGGAUGUGAGGCGAAGAAUCACUCAUGACAAUCACGAUGAAACUAAAGGUGCAUACUUGGAAAGCAUUAAAAAAAUCGACACUUUUGAAAAGUUGCCGAAAGAAUGCGUAAAGUACACAAGCGGUGGUGGAGGAGCCUCACUCAUUACAUUUGCUUUUGUUGUUGCACUUGUAAUGGCGGAACUCUCUCGUUUCGUAAACCCUGACGUUAGUUUUCGUUAUUCUGUUGAUAACGCACUGGAGGGGUUUGUCCUAUUCACAUUUUUUUCAAUUCCUAGUGAAUUACCAAUCAACAUCGACAUGACAGUUGCCAUGAGGUGUUCUGGUAUGUCUCUAAUAUGUAAAUUAUAUAGACUUGUCUCAGAGGUGUCUAUGGAUGUCUUAGAUAUCAAUGGGAACCUCGUUGCUUCGAGUUCACAGGUGAAAGUCAUUAAUAGCAGAUUCGAACUUUCUCCUCGACGAAAACGGAGAUUCGAGGUAGCUAUCUAUUUGCCAAUGCAUUUUUCCAACUUGAUAUUGCACGGUAUCAACUCUAUUUGUUUUCAGCUAAAACGUAAGCAAAUGUCACUUCUACGUCAGCAGCACCAUUCUGUACAUCAGUAUUUUUGGAUGUCUCGAACAACCAGCAAUGAAUUCAACCUGCAUUCUUUUCACUACUCCCGUGAAUACGAGGUGCCGGAAUCACAGGCUGAUGCGUGCCGAUUUGUAGGCACUUUUAAGGUCAGAAAAUCACCUGGAAAUCUGCACAUCGCCACUGGAAAAGCAUUCGGUCAAAAUACAAAUGUUCACAUUCACAUCGCGCCUUUAUACUUUAACGGACCUACCCUCAUGUACCAGUACUUUAUCGAGGUCGUUCCAACUACACUCACAAAUCGACUGGAGAUUCUUGAUACCUACCAGUAUGCUGUUACGGAACAGGCCCGUUCGGUAAAUCGUAACCAGAGCCAGGGGGUACCUGGCGUUUUCUUCCGCUACGACGUCUUCCCAGUGCGGGUUGAAGUAAACGCAACUGGCGAGAUGUCCGUAGCGCGACUCCUUGUGCGCCUCGCAGCAAUAAUCGGUGGUGUCUUCGCCACUGGAAAUCUCCUGUGUUUCCUAAUCUCCACCCUCUCAUACAGUCUCUCCACGCAGAUGCUCUUCCGGCGGACAUCCAGACCCGGUCUUUCACCUUCUUCCCCCUUGGUCCCCGAAUCCGAAUCGUAA